UCAAGUGGCCAUCUACUUGCUUUAAAAUUUUAAUAUGAAUAAUUUUAUUAUUUUAAUAUUAUUCAGUGUGUCUGCAAUCACUAUAGCAUUUCCAAAUACAGAAAAUGAAGAAAAUAAUUUAAAUUAUCAAACACGUAAUUUAGAUUGGUGUCAAAAAUUUUGUACACUUCAUAAAAAUUAUCAUCAUGAUAAUAAAGUAUCAAUUUCUUUGAUGAAAAUAAAAUGCAAACUAUGUAAUAAAUACUAUCAUUUAACAACAUCACUUGCACCAAAUUUAAUGGUUCAAACAAGUACUGCUACUGCUGCUGCUACUGCUGCUUCUACUACCACCACGACGACCACAUUAGCUACAACAAAAUCAAUUGCUACAAUUAAACCAGUUAUUGAAAAUACAAAAUCUACAAUACAACAAACCACAGUCACUUCAACUACACCAAUUGCUCCAAGUUCAACCACUCUAUCUACUACUACUACCACCACUGCUGCUUCUACUACUUCUACUUCUACUGUUGCUACUACUUCUACUUCUACUGCGGCUACUACUUCUGCUACAGCUACUUUUGCUACUACUACUAUUUCUGCUGCAUUAAAAAAUAACAUUCAAAUGUAUUUAAAUAAAGCUCAAAGAGCUCUAGACUCCAUAAUGGAUUAUACAAUGUCAGUGGAAAGAAUGAAAAACAAGAUUAUUAUGAGAAAAAAUGAUAUGCUUCAACUUGAAGAAGAAAUAAAGAUGACUGACGGUACAUCGUUAGCUGAUAUGAAAUACGAAGGAGAGGCAUUGAAAGAUAAUAUUGUAGAUCAAUCAGAUCAAGCAGAAACUGCUAAGCAAUAUGUUUCCAGUAGCAAAAAUUUAAUGAAAAACUAUUUAGAAUCUGCAAAAAGAGAAGCAGCAAAAGUUAACUUAGAUAUAUCAGCAAAAAUUCAAAAACAAAUGGAUAAUUUGGAUAAAGCUUUGAAGAAAUUUGAUAAUGAAUAUAAAAUUAUCAAAGAUGAAGAAAUGGAGGCUAUUGCUAUUUAUAAUAAGAUUGAUAAAUUAAUGAAUUAG